AGUGCUAUACAGGAUGUUUAUUGAUUUGUCUUCAGGAAGUACUGCAGCCUCGGUCACUCAUGAUGACAUGCUGUGGUUCGCAGGACUUAGCUAGCAGUUUAGAACACAGUCACUCACUGUGCCUUAUUUAGAUUAGGAGCUGAGUGUUUAGGUCUAGAGUAUUUUUAGACUGGUAUACAUAUUUGAUCAAAGCUUGCAGUUAUAUAAGGGAGAAAGCUGAGUAUAACAUGGCUUUGAUUGUGUGUGUGUUUUUUUAGCACCAUUGCAACAUGCUUGCUUUCUGUUUGUGGGUUUAUCAAAGAUGUUCUGGGAGCACGUUUCAUCAAAUUUGACAUGCAAUACCAACUUAGCUAUCAAACUCCAGGCAGAAUUCUGCCUUCUCCCAACAGCUCUCAGCCAUUAGCUUCACCCACAACUGCCUCGUGAACUACAAUCCCUACACUAUUUUAACAUUUAGAAACUUCAAUAGUCAUCACUUGCGAUAUGGCUUUCAGAACAUAUGGCCCUUCUCUUUCAUCAGCGAGAAAGAAUCCUUCAAUAAAAAAAGAUACUUACUGUAGGAGGUUUGCACAGAUCCAUACAGCUAUGGGUGCCUCCAUCCAACGAAGCUACACUUUUCCGAGUUAUGCUUACACACAGGUGUUCGGCGCUGUAACAUGGAGAUAUGGUAGUGUGGGAACACUAACCCUAUCAAGGUUGGGUCUCCAGAAGUGCAUGUGAAAGCAACACUACAAGAGGACUGAAAAUACUUGGAUUAACUGCAUAGCACCUGUCUUUUGUGUUGUGAAAAGCUCAGAAUCUUCAACAAAAUGAUUACGUUGACAAAUUAUCUGUGACAUUCUCCAUAUGUUCCUACGCUUUCUUUUGCUUUGAAGGAAGACAUUUGUGUUUUUCACUUGAGGUUCCCUCGUUUAUGGGAAAGUGUAUUUUUAUAUUUCAACAAAGGAGUCCCAGGUGUGUUGUGACACAGGGCAUUGUGUUUGUAAGAGAUUGCUGUUAUAUCGUCUAAAAGCUCACUCAUCUAUGAAAUCUGAACUAUUGCACUCUCCUCCUGCAACCGCACAACCACGGAUUAUUCUACCGGCAGUUAACAGAUACAGAUAUAAUAAGACGGAUGAAGAAAGCAACAGGUCGAACCAGCCAUUUAGGCACCAUUGUCUUUAGCAUGCACUGAAAAACAGCAUUAUAAUGCAUUGUUCUGCAGUAUCAAAAUUUCACUGACCUCGAUUGAAGAUGUCAGAAAUGUAACAGUGGAUUCUACUGCCUUUACUGUCAUGUGACUUUAAUACUAGACACCUUUUUUCCCUUCAACCCUGGACAGCCUUUUCACCAGUUCAAUGAGGUGAGCUGUGGUUUUCAGUGACCAUUGGAAUAAAAAAUAUUUCUCUGAAUCAAUUUAUUUUCUGCAUAUGUUUGGGUAGAGCUUAAAAUGACUCUGUAAAAGGUGAGUCUUGGUCUAAGAGCUGGCACUUAUAGUGGUGGGAGAAGAGCUAGAACCUCCUUCCACCCCUCUUCUGAUGUCAUUGUGGAACUAUCCUGUUCACAUUGACCGGGAUCAAUACCCCAGUGUCAAAUCUCACCAGACAACCUGCAGCUGCCUCUCCCAUUGGACAAUUCACCUUCCAAUCUACUGAGCCCGCCAAUCAGAACCUUCAGUUUCACAACAAAGAUUAAGCUGACUUUGUGUCUCUGCCCCUGACAAAGAAUCCUACCUGCUUCAGUAGAGUGAUCAGGAAGAAUUGGGGGGGGGUGGGUGGGGGUAACAGCGCUCCCCAAAAAACUGCCACACGCAACUUCCCCAGCUCAAACCACGUGUUAAAAUUGUUUGGGAAGUCCACAGCCAUCAAAUCCCUCCAGGGUAACGAACCCUUGAAUCAACCCCAGGCCUCUGGAUCACCAUUCCAGAUCAUCUCAGAACCCUGUGACCCGUCUCCCAACACUUCACCCUGGACGACAGGGUCUGGGACUGGGGAAAGGGGCUGUUCUGUCCUGGAGGAGGAGGGCUCGGCAGUGGGGUGCUGCUCCCCAUCACACACUCUGAGUCUAAGACCAGUGGUGUGCCUGUGAGCGGGCCAGAGAGAAUUAGCCCGCAGAGGAGGGAGAGACCGGGAGGAGGAGAGGACUUCAGAGCCAAAGACUCUGGGAUCUUUGCCAUGAGGUUUGAUGCCUCGAUCCACUGACUGGAGACACUGGACCUAAAUGGCGCAGCAUGACUUUGUCCCUGCCUGGCUUAACUUCUCCACGCCCCAGCCUGCCAAGUCCCCUGCAGCCAGCCUCGAGAAGCAUGGCAACCCCCAUUACCACCGGAACAGCCGUGCUGCUGUGAGCCGCCGCAGACACAACUCCUCCGACGGCUUCUUCAACAACGGGCCCCUGCACUCCCCCGCAGGUGAUGGGUGGCAGCAGCCUUCUCUCCUCCUAAGGCAUGACUCUGUGGACUCUGGGGUGGCAAAGGGGGGGCAUGGUGGCCUGGCGGGUGUGCCCUGCUGGAAGGAGGCUCCUCCCACAUGGCACGGGGCACCAAGGGGGGUGCAGGACGGGCACCACCACCAGGGGCGCCACACCAAACGCACCGGGCCCGGAGGAGCGGACAGGGACAGGCAGGGGGGGCACCGGCAGCGCAACGGCAACUUCCAUCCCCGCAAGGGCGCCCCCAGGACCCCCUACCAGGACAAGUUCCCCAAUGAGGAACGCAGCGGGGAGGACAAGCUGAAAUUUGUGGAAGAGGACUUUCCCUCCCUUAACCCUGAAACAACUGGAAAGUCUGGAAACCAGACGAGGCCACUGGCUCCUCGCGCUGGAGUAUGGGAGAACCCUCCUAGUGGAAAGCAGAUGGUGUCUAAGAUGCUCGUGAUCAAGAAGGUUUCCAAAGAGGAUCCAGGAUGCACUGCGUUCUCUGCCAGCUUUGCCAGCUCCGGAGCCCCACCCAUCAACAGCAGUAAAACCCUGCCCACCAUUGCUAGUUCCACCCACUCUGUCUACAAGAACCUGGUGCCCAAGCCUGCCCUGGUGACCACCAAACCCCACCAGUGGAAGCAGAGUGUGAGGGACUCCAUUAAGCCUGGCCUCCACUUGUCAGGACGAGACUCUGUCUUCACCAGUCCUGUGUCUGCAGCCAAACCCUAUGCCUCUGCCACCCAGCUACAAAGCCACAACACCCCCAAAGAGCAGCAUCCCUACAGUACGACUCCUCCCAUGGACAUUGGCCCAUCGUCGCGGCUAAAGCUGAUGCGGCGCGGACCAGACAGGAAGAGUGACUUCCUGCGGACGCUGAAGGACGAGUGCACCGGAGACCUGACCUCCAGCAGCAGCCCUGGAACUCUUGGACAGGGCGAGAGCAGCAACCCAGAGCCCAAAGCCUUCCACCAGGGAGUCUGCCAUGAGAAUGGCCUGCCUCACUCCCUCUCUCUCAGCAAUUCAGACACUGAUCACCUGUCUAGCUCCCUAGAGGCAGAACACAGAUUACUGAAAGCCAUGGGCUGGCAGGAAUACCCAGAAAAUGAUGACAGCUUCCUGCCCCUGACAGAGGAUGAGCUCAGAGAGUUCCAGACUAAAACUGAACAGCUGAAGAGAAACGGGGUCCUCCCCCGGGGCGCACGAGGCGUCACCCUCCACUUCACCCCCUGGAGGUGUGUGGCUGAGGCUCACCUAGAAGAUGACGAGGGCUCAGAGUCUGAAACCAGCAGCAGCAGCCAGACCUCGGACGACGAUGACGUCGGCGAUUGCAUCAAAACCUGACGAAGUGGCUUUACGAAACAAACCCGACACACACACACACCCCCCUCUUAUCUUCGUUUUCAGAACACCUGUUUCGACUUGAUCUUGCACAAGCUACAACCAAUCACAUCCUAGUGGAGGGGGAAGUUUCAGCUUCCCCAUGCGAAGGUCUUUUUCCCUGCGUUGCCUCCUUCACUGCACCUCCUCCCCCCUUCCCUUCCUCCUCGCUUUGUGGAACUGAGUGUUCGUCAAGAAAAGGGCAAUGCACAUCCGAUUCUGCUUUAAACAGACUAACUCAUCUCAGUGACACUGACGACAUUAAUGAUAUUAAUAAAAUUGGUUCCUGACACGGUGAGAUGUUUCAA